AUGCAGGUCGAGGACAAGGGUCAUGGGAUGGGGAAAGGUGGUGGUCGACGUGAGAAGGACCCGUGGUGGACUGAGCUAGGACGCUAUGGGGCGUGGGACGUGAAGGGCUGGGAUGCGGGAAGGUGGCAUCCAGUUGAGGCAACAAUCAAGGCUAACACCGGUCGAAGCACUGGUCAUUGUGCGUGA